AUUUCUGCUUAGAUUGACUGUUUCAGGAAGUGAUUUCUCGCGGUUUUCAGAGCUGAGCCUCAACUACUAAUCAUUUCAUGCAGAAAACCACAUUUUAAAAGCGUCCUCAUCAGCCACUCAAAGAUUAACAAGGUUUGUAUAAUUACCAGAUGAUUAUGAAUGUGUUUUUUUGUUUUAAUUAUUGAUCUUUAAGGAGAGUGUGGUUGUGAUGGCCAGUGAUCUCAGUGUGAUGUUAUAUUUUAUAUUGCAGUGAUUGAUUAUGCUCGCGGGUGUUUGGAACGUGCUGCUCACGGCGCAGUGAAAGUCUGUGACAAUUUAUUCAAAUUCUGACAAGCUGGUUGUAAAACUUCAGUUCAUGUGCUUUUUCCUGCGCGUGAUUAUGUUGCCACAAAAAUACGAUUUAGAUCGUUUCAACCAUCUUGCAUCGCAAGUCUGGAUUCACAGUUAACAAGAGCUAAAUUUCAGCUUUUUAAAUAUAAACAAAUUUAUUAAAUAGCCUACAAUUUACUUAUUUAUAAAUGUUUUUAGGCGCGUCCAGACAUGUUUACCAUAACAAGAGGCAUUAAAAUCAAAGACUGUGGUGCCAUGUGGGAGGAGAUGACUCAUUUAGUGUUUUCACAUAUAGAUGCCCUUCUUAAAAUCUGAAUUUCAUCAGAGUCGGAUUUAAAUUAUGCGGAAGUUAUAAGGAAAUUGAUUUAAUAUAUUCAGCGUUAAAACGAGCGGAGGGAACUAAAAUCUUCUGCCUUCAGACAAACUGGCUUCUGCAAUAAACGGGUACUGAUGAAAACUUUUAAUAUUAUUAUUAAGCUAUAGUAGUAGCCUAUUAUUGUUUGGACAUUAGGCCUGUUGUAUUCAACUAUUUACUAUCAUGGAAGGAUGACACCGUUGUUGAGCGGCGUUGUGAAACUCCUCUGUCGGCCUAUCUUUCUGUUUUUAUCGGUUCUGGCCUCAUAUCUUCACCAGCACGGUGUCCGGAUGCCGCGGCCGUGAUGAGUCUAAUCGAGCCGGGGCAUGUGGAGCUUUGAUUUCCUGUCCUUCAUUCACUGAUAGGCUGUUCCGCCUGUGGCCAACCUGUGCCGUUAAUUCAUCCAGUGUAGAAGUACAGAGGUGGGAUAUAAUAUUGUGUUCAUGCUAAAGCUGUUUGAAACAAUCUAUUAUUCCAUGGGAGUUCUCAGUUUGUGUUUCGGGAGACCUUUGUACAGGAUUUGAAUUGAGCUGAUUUACUGAUGAGUAGAAAAUGUUAGUCACCGGGUGUGUCAGUUUAACGCAGCUCUGUAUGUGGUAAAACUCCACAUAUAAUAAUAGAUGAUUCAAUUUAAUAAAUUUUAUUGAUAUUGAUUAUUGAUCAUCAAAGUGCAUCCACUCCAUCACUAUAAAAGUUACAGGAUUAAUUUAAUGUAUCGCACCUGUGGUGGAUAAAAGGCACCACGCAGGACGCGCAGCUCUCUCCUCUCCUCUAUUGUUCCGUGCGUAAUGACGCUCAACAGCCGCUGUAAUCUGCGUCCUGAGCGAACAGAAAACAAACUGUCUCUAUUAUAGGGCUUCUUCCUUUUCAGCAUAAUGCCCAGGGUAACGUGAAACUGUCACCGCAGGCGCGAGUACGGCGAGUGUCUGUCACAUAAUAACAGUCCUUGAUAUCAACUGACCAGCGGACCGGAACAAAGCUGCGCCAAACUCUGUCCUGCGUGGAGCAAAGUGUCCUUCAUAUGCGUUUUAUGUUUAGAUUUAUAGGCUACUGAAUUAUUGCCAAUGCCCUUCUCUCAUAUUCUUUUAGGCAACAUUAUAGCGUUGUUGCAAUUGUGUCUAUAAGUGACUCAAUAUUAAGCGAGGACACAGUUGGGUCAGAGUUUCCCCCACCUCUUAUAUUUUACCACUAGGUGCUACAUGCAGGUUCAACAAGACACCCUGGGGUGCCCCCCUGCGUUUCCUCUCCCUCUGUCCCCCUCCAAAGAUUGAGUAAAGCGCUGAUAAACCGUGUAUCUCCUCCGACGUGUGACACGAACUGCAGCCUGGCAGCUCCAGGCGGUAGGAUAAACACAGCAAAAAAAAAAAAAAAAAAAGUUACUUAGAUUCAGACUUAUUGUCUGAUUUCUAUUUUGAAACAAAGAAAUAAAAUGAAGAGCUGAUAAUUCCCCGGCUGUUUCUUGAAAGUAGAGCAAAGGCGCACCACCGCGUCAUAUAGGCCUUAAUUAUCAAGUCAAGUCCUGAGAUGAGUGACGCUGCUUUGGGGAGACAUGACAAGAAGUCGCCCCCGCUGCAGACUAUUUUCCUAUCACCUGUAACCACCCCGGGCUGCACGCUGACUAAAACACUGCAGGCGGGUGUAUUUACUUGCAGCGGGUGAGCGGGGGAGCCGCAGCACAGACACCUGUCCAUGGAACACCUGGCGGACGGAACGGGACUGGACUCAGUCCGCGCAUGCUCCGUCGUCAGGUUGAACUCUCUUAUUUAAAGCACUUGGGACCCAAAUCUCCCCUCCAGAGGAGACCAAGUGUCUGCAGGGUUCAGAGCGAGCAGCACCGAGCACAGAAGGAAUCCACUGCCGCUGGAUUAUUAUUGUCACUAUCGGUGGUUUCUGCUCUCAGGUCAGAGAUGCCUCGAUCCUUCUUGGUGAAGAGUAAGAAGGCGCACAGUUACCACAAGCCCCGGACUUUAGAGGAUGAUUUCAGCAGGCUGGAUUCUAUACUGACGCAAAUCUGCUCAGAGUCAGAUAAGCUCCCAGAUGAGAGCGACCUGACGGUGGACACGUAUGGCCUCUCCCCGGACUCCCACCUGGCUGACGCUGCUGAUUUCUCCCCAAAGUCUCCGCUCAGCUGCACCGACAGUCUGUGCACUCGAUCCCCGGACUACGAGGACUUCUGGAGGCCUCCGUCCCCCUCUGCAUCACCGGCUGAUUCUGAGAAAUCCCUGUCUCCUCUGGUGGACGACACCCAGCCCUUCACUGUCCCCUUCCGGCCCUACGCCUGGAGCAGCUACCCGGGGCCCGGGCUGAGGCCCCUGCUGCAGCAGAAUCUACACCCGAGCAUGGAGGUGGACCGGGGCCCGGCAGCAAUGGCCUUUUACGGGGAGCAGAGUGCCCACUCAGCCCUGUACUCAGAGCGGGUUCUGGGAGAGGAGACUUACAGUGACUACAGGAGGCACGCUGCAGCUCUGCUGUUUCCUGAGGGAGGCCUGCGCGGCAAGAACCACAGUGUGAAGGCGCAGUCUGAGCUGCUGUGCUCCAGUCUCAUCCUUAACGGAGCUUACAAGUGCGUCAAGUGCAGUAAGGUGUUUUCUACUCCGCACGGUUUGGAGGUUCACGUCCGCAGAUCGCAUAUCGGCACCAGGCCAUUUGCGUGUGAAAUUUGCGGCAAAACCUUCGGGCACGCAGUGAGCCUGGAGCAACACAAAGCUGUGCACUCUCAGGAGAGAAGCUUCGACUGCAAAAUAUGCGGUAAAAGUUUCAAAAGGUCGUCCACGCUGUCGACGCACCUUCUCAUCCACACCGACACCCGGCCAUACCCGUGUCAGUACUGCGGGAAGAGGUUCCACCAGAAGUCCGACAUGAAGAAACACACUUUCAUCCACACAGGUGAGAAGCCGCACAAAUGUCAGGUGUGUGGUAAAGCGUUCAGCCAGAGCUCCAACCUCAUCACACACAGCAGGAAACACACCGGCUACAAACCUUUCGGCUGCGACCUGUGCGGCAAAGGCUUCCAGAGGAAGGUGGAUCUGAGGAGACACAAAGAGACGCAGCACGGACUGAAGUGACCGAACACAACCUGUCCUGUCACCUGACUGUCCGUCCUUGUUCUUACAAAGACAAAGAGAAACUCUGACAAAGACAUUUUUAGACAAAAGGCAUUUUUCGCCCAGUGGCUCCGCUGCCUGCUUCGGGACAUCUUGUUGGAUCAAGAUUCAUCAUGAUCCGCUAUCAGCUCCGUAAAAACUGAAUGAAAAUAUAUAUAAUAAUAUUAACCAACGGCAGAUUUUUUUUUAAUUUAUUCUAUGCAGGAAAGACGUGAAAAUCCACCUUAGAUUAUAACAAACAAGGAUUUUGCAGUUGAAGACAUCAGCAACACUAAACAGGCCUUUACAUCCCACUGAUUGACUGAAGGCCCAGAGAACCAGAGAUAAGCUGUGAACUGUAGAAAACAGAGAUAUGAUAUGAUGAAACAUGAUACAACACAUUUAUCAUGUUUGUACGUUGACUGAUACGAAUCAGCUUCAGUGGGCAUUAAACCCAAAAUAUUUGUACUCACACUUCAAUAAAAACCACCAGGAAAAGAUGAAAUCAGCGCUUCUCCAAAGACCAGAGGCUUUUAUUUUGUUGGACUAAUGUUGACAAAACAGCCUCCUAACACAGAAGGAGGGUCAAUGCCCGCGUGUCAGCUGUUAUAUUUGAUUUUUUUUUUCUUCUUCUUCCAUUUUGCACAUUUUCUUGUCAAAAUAAACGUUUUGUCGUUUACAAAACAAAACACAUUACGCAGCCUAUUCGAUUUUCUGUUUGGUUUUUAUUGAAUAUGGAAUAAAACCAUAAAGUGAAAUAUGACUUCCUCUGUGAGUGAAAUGAAAUGAGACACAUUUAAAGCUAUUUACUGGUUUCAUCACCAAAACUACAGCUAAAGUCUCCAGGAACUCUCUUUUUGGCACCUUGCAGUCUCCGUAGUCAAUUUUAGUCAAGUUUAAUUAAUUAUGCACUACUGUAUUAUACGAUGACCACGUUGUUUAUUAUUAUUAUUAUUAUUAUUAUUAUUAUUAUUAUUAUUAUUAUUAUUAUUAUUAGAAGUAGUAGUAGAAGUGGCUAAUUUCAUGUCAUUAUCAUGAAUUAUUUAACAUUUUUCUAGAGCAGUAAAUUAUCUAUCAUUAAAGUAAACCAAUUUAUUUUAAUCUUCCAGCCACAAAACAAAACUCGGAGCUACAAGGUGUUUUUGGUUUUUCUUCUCAAAGUGUUGAUGUAGAUGAUUAAAGCAAAGGCCGAUAAAAACCAGAAGGCCGGGCCGUUUCACCACCUUGCUGCCGUGAUUGUGAAUGCCCAGAGGCUGCUGUUUGUUUUGACCACUGUCGCCAUGUGUUUGGACCAAAAACAGUGUGAGCAGAUUUAACCGUUAACCAAACGCCUUUUACCCUCAUGGCUGUUAUUUUAAGAAAAACGACUUUUGGCAGUCAGAGGAGGCACCACAUGCCGCAGCUGUGAUCCUCAGAGGGAUUGGUGCUUGAGUUUAUUUUACUUUGGCUUUAAUGUUAUGGAUUGUAAUCAAAUGUGUUCUUAACAUAAACUGGUUUAGUCUGGGUGGACCACAGCACACCUGAAUGUAAA